UAGCGAUCAUAAUGAAUGCCGCGAACGUCAUGGAAAGCUGCGCGUUGAUUGGAGCAUGGCGUCACGUGACCCCAGAUUGGUGUUGGAUAUAACGAUGGUUUUAGGUUGAUGCUUAAAAGCACAUUGAGCCUCGCUACAAAUCAUUUGCAAAUCGUCGAGGUAUUAUGAGUUCGUAUUACAGUAAUAUUUUACCCCCUAAUUUAUCUACUCCGGGUACAGUUGGAGACCCGUACAGUCCGGCUAGCGGCACUCACGAUUCCACGGUUAAGGCGAUGGAGUCUACGUUUUACGGAGCGCAAAACCCGGCGUACCAAGUUUACGACGGAGAGCUCCACCAUCCGCAGAUGGCACCGGGGGCCUUGUCCCGCUUCCCAAGCUCUUCGGACCGACUGGACCCCCUCACGGGCAGCAAAUCGCAGUUCGACGCACCCCAUAUGAUCGACCCUUACCAGAGUGCGCGCCUGGGGUUCAGCCCACCGGGAAUGCACAACGGGCAAUACCCCGACAGCCUCAACAAAUUUCAGGACAGCCCGUUUACGAGUGCGGCCCAGUCGCAUCACCAUCAGUCCGUCAGCAGCAUGACAUCUUCGGCCUAUAACCACAUGGGACUGAUCAACAACACCCCACCCCCUCAGAGUGUUCCCAUUUAUCCCUGGAUGCGUUCCCUUAAUGGAGAGAUUGGCUACGAACAGAAACGCACGCGGCAGACGUACACGCGGUACCAGACGCUGGAACUGGAGAAAGAAUUCCAUUAUAACAGAUACCUCACACGAAGAAGGCGGAUAGAAAUUGCCCACCAUCUUGGACUUACAGAGAGGCAGAUCAAAAUAUGGUUCCAAAACAGACGUAUGAAAUGGAAGAAGGAAAACAACAUCCCCAAACUUACAGGGCCUAAUCAAAAAAUUGACGAAACUAGCAUCAAAACCAAUAACAAUAAUACGGACAGUAAUUCUCCACAGAGUAACAAAUAAUUGAGAGAGGGCCAUGACAUUUGACCCCGAUCAUUACCAAAGUUAGAACAACUGUUUAGUCGACAUUGGAGUGUGUUUGGCAGCAGAUCAUCAAAAGACCAAAGAAUCAAAAUCUACCAGUGUUUCUGUGAAACAGAUUUGACGAGGCAAUGUGAAAAAAGUCUGGCGGACCCUUUCUGAGAAAGAGAACGUAGCAUUUGUUAUUAACCUGACUAGAAGUUUGACUUCUAUUGCAUGUGCAUCUUGCAGAAGGAAUGUGGAUUGCGACCUAUGUACGGCAGGGUGUCGUUAUAUGUCGUAAAAUUGGCAGGAUGAGCAGAGAAAACACGCAAGCACAAAUACUCACGUGCAGGUUGUCUCUCGCACGUCAAAUGCGAAACAAACGCUGUAUAAUACUAACUUUGACCUUGACAUUUGACACAAUCUUGACAUCAUAUACGACCUUCAUCUUUAUAUUGACAAGUUAGCUAAAACCAAGAAAAGUAGGAAAAAUCCCUUUCGACAAUAGAUUUUUUAUCCAAGUGUGAAAAGUAUGAAAUAAGUUUUUUUUUUAUUAAUGAGUUGAUCAAAAGGUUUUGAUAGUUAUAAUGUUAUUCUUCAGGGUAGACAUUGGUAAUAAUCACAUAACAUUUAAAUAAAGCUUAAGCAAGUCUUAAGAGCAGAUUAAAGAGUUAUACAUAUUGGAUUAAUUUAAAUUAGCUACCCGCGGUAAUUUUUUACCCUAUAUUUCAAUGCCGAUAUAGGACGGCAUGUUAUGGUUGACUUUUUUAUUAGAAUGUGAAAAUGGAGAGUAGACUAAGUAGAAAUAUUUGCUGAUGCCAUCAAUGGUGCUUUUUAUUUUGUUUAUUACAAGGGUAAAAUAAUUUGGGAAAUAAGUCCACUUCUCUAUGUCGUACAUGAUAGUCUGUUUAUUCUAAGAAAUAUCACUGACAUUAAGAGUUGGAAAAAUAGCAAGGUAUAUUUUGAUAACAGUUCGAAGACGCGGGAAUCAACAGAAUGAAUAGUUUUUAUGCUUUGGAGUGUAUUUCUUGGUACCACAUUUUCUUCAGGUAAGCAACCAUUUUCAUACCUGCUGUGUACGAUCGUAUUAACUACAUCCCAGAUAUAUUAAUCAGUAUUUUCUGUUUUAUCAAUGUUGGGAUAUAAGACAUGACUAUGGCGUUAUUUCAAUACAGAAGACACAAUUAUGAUACAGUAAUGAUCCAGAUCGGCAAGGAAUCAGCGCACAUAAUAUGGCGAGUUUAACUAGCCUAGACAGUCACUGUUAAAGGCAUUUGCAGUGUAACUGCUUCCAUUACUUUAAUAUGACAUAAGCUACCACCCUCUUUGGUGUGCUCUUGGUGUAUAGAAUUACGGCAUUUUUGAAAAAAAAAAAACAUGUUUUAUUGUAGUAGAUGUGAAUCUGUGUAUUUGAUUUUUAUUAUCAUUGUUGCCAAUGUGGUGCUAUAUUUUCUAGGUAUGCCAUGAAAACCAACGGGAUCUAACACUACAGAAAA